UUUAAACAAAAGCAUUACUUUUGGAAAAUAGAGGACACCUUCUAAUUGGUAGGAUCUAGGAAGAUAAGAUUCUUGGCAAAGCCAAAGCCAUAAAUAUCAUUUCAUAAACCAAUCUCACCAUAUCCAUAUAUCUUCUCAAUACAACUCCAUAAAAAUAAACCUUGAAAUUCUCUUGAGCAAAGAGAAAAAAUGGCUGCCAAAAUAGCUUUGUCUUCCUCCUAUGUAACUAAACUUUAUCUACCAAAAUUACCUUCAACUCCAUUAUUCCACAUCCAUUAUUCUCCAAAAAAUUGUAAUUCACAUUUUAGAAUUAAUGCUAAAUUAGGAGGGGAUGAUGCAACAGAACCAAAGAAAGAUGGCAAGAGAAAGUUCAUCACCAGAGAACAAGAACCAGAACAGUAUUGGCAAACAGCAGGAGAAAGGGAAGGAGAAAAUCCCAUGUCAACUCCCCUUCCUUACAUUCUCAUAUUCGGAAUGUCGACACCGUUCAUCAUCUUAGCUAUUGCGUUCGCCAAUGGUUGGAUCAAAGCUCCGAUUAGAUGAACUACUUGAAUCUGCAGAUUUUGUGUACUUGGGAGCUUUUAUAUGUAGAUGCAGGAUGACAUUUACACAUCUUGUGAAGGCGAAAUUUGUGCGCGUUCUUUUUCGUGUGCAUAUAUACAUAUAUGUAACAACAUGAGUUUAUUCCAUUUCCAAACUAAUGAAUCAAACACUUCUAGA